CCACUUACUAGGGGGAAAAAGGUUACGUCCCUAAGCAUGUGAGUUACGCAAUCAAUCGAUUAUGACGUUUCUGAUGCAUGAAGUCCAUCGCUGUAACGAGAUCAGUGUUUAUAUGUUAAUAUUAAUGAGUGGGCGGCGCUUCAUGUGUGUAUCAAAGGUUUGGACGCCGACUAAUGUGCUUGUUUAAACAGCGUUAUUUUUGUGUGGAAAAGAAAAGAAGUUGAUAUUAAUAACUGACAUGGAGUUCACGUUUUAUUGACGGACUUGUGUGGGAGAAUAUGUUUGUUUUUAAAGAAGACCUCAAGUGGUUUAUUUAUUGUUUAUGAAAUGUGAUGGGCGGCGACGGGAGUAAAAAUAAGGCAUCAUCAUCAUCACUGGUGAAGAGGAGAUCCUUGUCAUGUCAUCAGGGCUUCCUGUCUCUCUCGGCUCCGCUUGUUCAUCACAGUCCAUUUAGACGCAGGGCCCAGCACAGAGAAUACCCCAUCUCUGAGCAAUCUCGGCCCUCAGACGCAAACCCUGAGGGGCCUCAUCUAGAGUGGGCACUGCCGGGAUUUAUUUCCAUUUUCCUGCCGGAAUUCCCACACAGGUGUACUGGACACAUGCAUUUACAGAGGAAUUUUGAAGAAUGGAAGUCCACAGAUGAAACAGUCAUGCAGGUUUGGAAUGACAUAAGUAUUCUUGGUUUUAUAGCGAAAGGUUCAUUUGGUCCAAUUCUGAAGGUGAAGGACCUGUCUAAAGAUGAGACCUAUGCUAUUAAGGUUUUACCCAAAGCUGAUGUUUUGAGACAUGGAGUCCUCCAGCAGUCCAAAGAGGAGGUGAUAAUUCAACGACAAGUCAGGCAUCCUUUCCUCCUCAGUCUCCGGGACUGUUGGCAGAGCCAGAGAAAUCUCUUCAUCAUGUGUGAUUACUGCAGCACUGGAGACCUGUAUACCUACUGGACACUGAAGGGCCAGUUUGAUGAGAGAGAUGUUUGCGUGUUUGCUGCUGAACUGGGCUCUGCCUUGGGAUUUUUGCAUGACUUCGGAAUAAUUCAUAGGGAUGUGAAGAUGGAGAACAUCCUUUUGACUGAUAAAGGUCACCUCCGCUUGACUGAUUUUGGGCUGUCUCGCCGCCUUGAGCGUGGGGAUAGAGCAUUUACUAUCUGUGGCACAAUACAGUACAUGGCAGCUCCUGAAGUCCUGAGCGGGGGCCCGUACAGCCAUGCUGCAGAUUGGUGGUCUCUUGGUAUUCUUAUCUACGCUUUAGCCACUGGAGGGUUUCCUUUACCUGCGGAAGCAGACCACUGUAGUAUGAUGACCAGGGUUAGUGAGUAUCCAUAUGACAUGCCUGCCAGUCUCAGUCCAGCUCUGGCCUUCCUGCUCAUAGAGCUUCUAUGCAAGAUCCCCAUGCGUCGCUUGCGGUGCCUGGAGCACUUCCAAAGCCAGAAGUUUUUCCGCGGCAUGUCAUUUGAUUCCCAGAUGCUGCAGAAUCAUCCCAUCAAGCCAAUCCUCGAGCUGAAGAAUCACCCCGACCGAUCGGAAAGGUCGAUGCGAGGUUUAUCAUCGGAUCUGCUUCAGAAUUUUGAGUGUGACCUGCUGAACUCUCCAUCGACCCCUGCGGAUUUGCCUCCCACCUUGAUGAAGAUUGAGGUAAAUGAAGACACAGAAGGGACUGAAACAAAAGCAACAGGAACCAGUUCUCCUUGAAAACAUAAAUUUACAAACUUUUCUUUUCUCUGUAAUAUGCAACAUUUUGCCAAAGACAAGAUAAAAUGUCACAGUAUUUUUUGAUAACUCAUGAAGCACAAACAAAUCAAUCUAUGUGACUCAUUAACAAGUAUUACUACUGAGUUGCUUUAGUCCUAUUUAAUAAUCAGAUUUCUUUUUAUCUGAAUAUGCAGAAAGAGUAUUAGAUUUUUGGCCUUACUUUUGAAAGCUUAAUUUUGCCUUCACUAAUGAAGUAUUUUUAUAAUAUAAGAACUGUUGGGAUUGUGUAUAUCUUCACUCGUUUUUACAUUUAUACUGGUUACAGUGCUUCCCUGUUUACUGGGACACCAUAUGAUAAUCUGACUGUGAUAAAACUCAUCAUGCUUACACAUAAGUAUACUGUGAUAUUAAUUAAAGGAUUAGUCCACUUUCAAAUAAAAUUUCCUGAUAAUUUACUCACCCCCAUGUCAUC